UUUCUUAUCUGGACAUUUCACAUUCAUAAAUGCAAGUUUACAAAGGGCAAACCUAUUUUUGUAGUGCUUGAAAAAGAGAUUCAAAUGUAGAUGUGAUGUCAACAUCUAAAAAUAGUAAACCCAUUAAAACGGUUACUAUUAGCUCCUUUUACAAAACUGCAUAUCCUAUGGAUAUGUAAAAUAUGUGUAAUUUAGUUGUACACUGAUGAGUGUGAGCUUGUUUAAGAUUUUAAAUAAGAGAAUCUGUCAAGAUUCUCCUUAUGUGUGUGCUGCAACCAGAAUUUUUAAUCUUUCCGAAUUUUAAAACUCCUGUAGUCUGAGCCAGGUUUAAGAUUUUAAAUAAGAGAAUCUGUUAAGAUUCUCCUUAUGUGUGUGCUGCAGCCAGAAUUUGAAAUCUGUCAGGAUUUUAAAACUCCUGUAGUCUGAGCCAGGCUUUAGGGACCUUUGAGAAAUGGAUAGAUACUAAAUGCUUAUUUUAAGAAAAUAGCACAGUUUUUUACCUUUGAUGCAUUUGAACAUGUUGUUGGGGAUUCUAAUACAACAUUAGGACACUUACAAAAACCUUUAAACCUGCUCUUUAAGAAACUAAAUAUACAUAUAUAAAUCACUACAGAUGUCGAUUAUAAGAAAUAAACAUUGCUUACUUCAGAUUGAGCAUCAAACACAAAGUUUCCCAAUCAGGACAAAUGUUUGUUUGAGGCCAUCAGCCACGCUGACUUCCUCCAUUACAACGCUGACUUAGUCUACUCCCGCUACCCCUUUUCAACCUGAGAGUAUAGCUAGCUACUGCCCCGUCAUGGCGUGUAGUGAAAUUACAAAAAACAAAACAUGAAAACCAGAAGAAAACAUGGUAACAGGUUUGUAACCGUUACAAUAUAUUGAACAUAGUGAGUUAUUUUUGUUGCAGCACCUUAGUGCAGUUUUGAAACGUUCAACUUUUUUAAAUGUUUUUUUUUUUUUAAGUUGAACUUUUAAAAAAAAGUGCUUUCAAAUACUUAGUUAAAAUCACAUUUCAUAUGUGGAUGUAUGCUGUUUAUAUUGUUAUUGUUCAUGGGUCUGGUUUGCUUGUUUCAGGUAAAAUGUUCAAAUCGUUGGACUUGCCACUGAUUGUGGAGUUUAUUCUAAUGUUCUACAAAGACAAGCCCAUUGAUUGGCUGCUGGACCACAUCAUGUGGGUGAAGGUGUGCAACCCAGAAAAAGAUGCGAAACAUUGUGAUAGACAGAAGGCAAAUCUGCGCAUCCGCUUUAAACCGUCUCUCUUUCAACAUGUCGGAACACACUCUUCCCUCGCUGGAAAGAUCCAGAAACUCAAGGAUAAGGAUUUCGGAAAGCAGACGCUACAUAAAGGUCAUGCUAAUCCUCUAGCUGAGGUCACCACCAGUCUGAAAACCUACCAGCACUUCACGCUGGAGAAGGCCUAUCUGGGAGAAGACUUCUUUUGGGCCUUUACACCUGUGGCUGGAGACUUUAUACGCAUCCGAUUCUUUACACCUGUCCGUGUAGAGAGGUAUUUCUUCCGCAGUGGAAACAUCGAGCACCCUGGAGACAAGCUUUUCAACACAACAGUGGAGGUUCUUCCAUUCGAUAAUUUUCAGUCAGAGAAAGAGGCAUUAAAGGAGGGACGAGAGAAGACGCCGAAGUACCAGCGCACAGAAGAUGGCUUCAUCAGAAUAGCCUGAGUGUGACCCAAAUGCUGUCAUAAUGGUGAAGACAAAGGAGCUCUCUGAGGACAUCAGAAGUGCUAUUAUUAGAAAACACAAGGCUAUCUCCAAAGAUCUUGGUAUGCCUGUUUCAGCAGUGUUAUUAAAAAGUUUGCAAAGCAUGGAACUGUCAUGAACCUCCCUAGGCGUAGGGAAAAUAGGAAAACUGAUGAGAGAUCUCUUCGAAGGUUGGUGCAAAUGGUGGAAAAAACAUAUUGUGUAACAUUCAAAGACCUGAAGGCCAACCUGGAACAGUCUGAGGUCAUGGUUUUAACAAGUACGCCACACACUAAACCAAGCAGGGCUUCAUGGGUGGAGGCCAAGAAAGACACCAUUGCUGAAGAGAAGACAUAAAAAGGAACAACUGAUCUUGCCAAAGAGUACCUGGACAAACCACAAUCCUCCUGAGAAAAUAUUCCGUGGACAGAUUAAACAAAAAUAGAGCUUUUUGACAAUGCACACCAACAGUUUGUUUACAGACGGCGCUGUGAACCUUAUAAGGUAAAGAACACCCUGUCAACAGUUACGCAUGGUGGAGGAUCUAUAAUGCUGUGGGGCUGCUUUGAUGUGUUUGGUACUGGAGUCCUUGACUGUAUCAAAGCAAUCAUGAAAUCAGAGAAUUACAAAGAGAUUUUAGAGCAAAAUGUCCUACCCAGUGUAAAAAAACUUGGUUUGAGUCAAAGAUCAUGGGUUCUUCAACAAGACAAAGACCCAAAGCACACACCCAAAUCAUGCAGAUAUGGUUUAAAAGGA